AUGACAGUCAUUGUUGAGAAUCCGGCUAAUGUAGAACUAUUUGUAGACUUGCAAGAAGAAGGAAAGGAGAAAAUUCAUGUCGAUACGGAUGAGUUGGUGUCUGAAGGUGGAUUCACAAUGCCAGACAAUAACGCAUUUGGGCAAUCAUUUAGGGACUAUGAUAAUGCAGAAAACGAAAGGCAUGAGAUUGUUGAACAAACUUACAGGCUGCAGCAUAGUAACCAAACAUAUGAUUUUGUCAAGAGGAUGAGGGAAAAAUAUGGUAAACUGGACAAGGCAGAAAUGAGCAUAUGGGAAUGCUGUGAACUACUCAAUGAUGUUGUGGAUGAUAGUGAUCCAGACUUGGAUGAGCCACAAAUCAUGCACUUGCUGCAGUCGGCUGAAGCAAUCAGAAAAGACUAUCCCAAUGAAGAUUGGUUGCACUUGACUGCACUCAUUCAUGAUCUUGGAAAAAUUCUCUUACUGCCUCAAUUCGGAGGGUUACCUCAAUGGGCUGUUGUAGGUGAUAUAUUUCCUGUUGGUUGUGCUUUUGAUGAAUCCAACAUCCACUACCAGCAUUUCAAAGAGAAUCCAGAUUAUAACAAUCCAAAAUAUAGCACUAAGAAUGGAGUUUACUCCGAAGGAUGUGGACUAAAUAAUGUACUUAUGUCAUUUGGACAUGAUGACUACAUGUACUUGGUUGCAAAGGAAAAUAACACAACGUUGCCUUCUGCUGGUUUAUUUGUUAUCCGCUACCACUCGUUUUAUCCAUUACACAAGUGUGGAGCAUACAAACAUCUAAUGAAUGAGGAAGAUAUGGAGAACCUGAAAUGGCUUAAGAUAUUCAACAAAUAUGAUCUCUACAGCAAGAGCAAGGUCCCAAUUAAUAUUGAAGAAGUAAAGCCCUAUUAUCUUUCUCUCAUUGAGAAGGCUAAAGAUCAAGUAAUCAAGUUGUCGAAAAGCAAUAAGAACAAUUCCCUCUCCCAUUCUAAUCUUCAUCAAAACCGAAAAAACCCAAAUUCUCACUCCCCUUCUCAUAUGGCUACAACGUCUAAGAAACGAGCUAAAAAGGCUUUGAGUGGUGAGGAUUACAUCAAAAGAAAUCAAAUGCUAGAAAAAACAAGAAAAGCUUGA